GCGGAUGUUGUUGACGUUUUCCAUCGUAACGGCAUCCGGUUCGUGAAGGCAGGGUAGCUGAGUGAAACAGCGAGUUUACGGCGAAAUUAUCCAGUUUGUAACAAGAAGGGCUGACAGAGAGAGCCCCGGCCAGGUCCUCUGGUCAGAGAUGGACGUGGUCUUUGUGGAUUUGUCUCAUAUACUCGGUCGUAUGCGGUCAACGGCUCGGCUGGCUAGUUAGCACAGCUGGCUAAUUAAACCGACAAGUGCUCGGCUUAACUUCGACAGAGAGAGAGAGAGAGAGAGAGAGAGAGAGAGAGAGCUCGAGAUAGAGAGAGAGAGAGAGAGAGAGAGAGCUGUCAUUAACUCAUCUUUACUGUUUACACUUCACACACCGGGAUGGUGUGAACAGGAGGCUGCUGCUUUAAUUAACGACUUGAGGAGUGAGAUUGUUGUUGUUAUUAUUAUGUGGCUGCGUCCUGAGGACUGACGUUGCCUUGAUGAUUUAAACCUAGAAUAUAGAGUAUUAUUGUCAUUUUCCCUCAUAUUUUUAAAUCGCAUUUGAUUUUAGGAAGGCGUUAUAUUUUUGUGUCCGGGUUUGUUUUCAACAGGUCCGGGUGUAAAGUAAACAACCCUGCUCAUAGAGACUCAUAGGAGCAACUUUGCACUAUAGUUAAUGUCUUGGUACAUCUCUGUUGUAGGUUACUUGAAAUAACAAACAUUCCUGCUAUCUGUUGAGUUCUGGCUGCAGGUUGCACAUUGCACAUAGUCUAGGAUGAUGCUUUCUGCAGGUUUUGAUGACUAAGUGGUACAACUUGGAACAAAAGCCACAAAGUGCUUUUAACAUGAUCUCAGAGGUAUAACAUAGGUUUAUGUUUCGCAGAUGUUUUCUUGUUCGUCAGGGCAGUGGUAAUGACUCGGUGUUUGCUCAGUGACUGUCUCAGAGCCAAACUGUAGUAGUAUAGUGCUGUGAUCUUGCCCGGCUACCACAAUGUCAGCUGUACUGUUCUUAUUGACGCUGCUCGGAGGGUUGUGCAGCCACGGGCACACCAUGACGCGGGAGGAGAAGCACAGGCUGAGGAACCAAGUGGUUGAGAUGUUCGACCAUGCAUAUCAGAAUUAUAUGGACCAUGCAUACCCAGCAGAUGAGCUGAUGCCACUAACGUGCAGAGGAAGAGUACGUGGGCUCGAACCCAGUCGAGGUGACAUAGAUGACGCUCUGGGAAAGUUCUCUCUGACCCUAAUAGACACUCUGGAUACUCUGGUGCUUUUGAACAAGACGACCGAGUUCGAGGCUGCAGUGAGGAGAGUGCUGUCGGAUGUGAGGCUGGACAACGACAUCGUGGUGUCCGUCUUCGAAACCAACAUUCGAGUCCUUGGAGGUUUGUUGGGAGGGCACUCCAUGGCUCUGAUGCUGAAGGAGGGAGGUCAACACAUGCAGUGGUACCAGGAUGAGCUCCUGCAUAUGGCCAAAGACCUGGGCCUCCGACUGCUGCCAGCCUUCAACACCAGCAGCGGCCUGCCUUAUCCCAGGGUGAACUUGAAAUAUGGUGUCAGGGGUCCUGAGACGAGAACAGGCACAGAAACAGACACCUGUACUGCAUGUGCAGGAACCAUCAUCCUGGAGUUUGCUGCCUUAAGUCGCUUCACUGGUGAUCCUGUGUUUGAGGCUCACGCCCGGCGAGCCAUGGACUUUCUGUGGGAGAAGAGACAGAGAAACAGCAAUCUAGUGGGAACCACCAUCAACAUCCACUCUGGAGAGUGGGUCCGCAGAGACAGUGGAGUCGGAGCGGGGAUUGACUCAUACUAUGAAUACCUGCUAAAGGCCUACAUCCUUUUGGGAGAUGACCUGUUUCUGCAGCGGUUCAAUAUUCACUAUGCAUCGAUAAUGAAAUACAUAAGCCAGCCUCCGCUGCUGCUGGACGUCCACAUCCACAAACCUUUACUUCCCGCUCGCACCUGGAUGGACUCUCUGCUGGCCUUCUUCCCUGGACUGCAGGUGUUGAAGGGAGAUAUCCGUCCCGCCAUCGAGACUCAUGAGAUGUUGUAUCAAGUUACAAAGAAACACAACUUCCUCCCAGAGGCCUUCACUACUGAUUUCAGGGUACACUGGGCUCAACAUCCCCUAAGGCCUGAGUUUGCAGAGAGCACCUAUUUCCUUUACAAGGCCACAGGAGACCCUUAUUACCUGGAGGCAGGUCGCACCAUCCUGGACAACCUCAACCGCUUUGCUCGUGUACCCUGCGGCUUCGCCGCAAUGAAGGACGUACGCACUGGAAGCCAUGAGGACAGAAUGGACUCGUUCUUCCUCGCUGAGAUGUUCAAAUACUUGUUCCUGCUGUUUGCCGAUAACGAGGACUUACCGUUUGACGUGGAGGACUACGUCUUCACGACCGAGGCUCACCUGCUGCCCCUGUCCCUUUCCACAGCCCCUCACUCUUCAUCUAUUCCCUCAAACAGAACGUCAGAGGAGGAGCUGGACGACUCAAACUUUGACUGGACCUGCCCGAACACUCGCCUCCUGUUUCCUGACCCUGCCUUCCCUCGUAACCUGAGAGAACCAAUCCGUACUGCUGUUGACAAGAGCUGCCCCCGCCCAGCUCCUUACAGGGAACCUGGUAUGGGCAGCCCUCCUCUCAGGGCUCAGGAUUUCAUGGCCAACAACCCUGAACAUCUGGAGCUGUUGAGAAGGAUGGGAGUCAGUCUAAUCCACCUGAAAGAUGGCAGGGUGCAGCUCGUGCAGCACGCUACACAGGCGGUCAGUGCGGUGGCAGCAGAGGACGGCGUGCGUUUCAUGCAGGAGAUGAUGGAGCUGUCCAGCCAGCAGCAGAAAGAGCAGCUGCCUCCCAGAGCCAUUCAGAUCGUCUCCCAUCCAUUCUUUGGCAGGGUUGUGCUGACCGCCGGACCAGCACAGUUUGGCACAGACCUGUCCAAAAGUUCCACCGGGGUACGUGGCUUUGUGACCGUGGCUGAACCCUACAGUGGCUGCACCGAGAUCACCAAUGCUGAGUACGUCCAGGGCCACAUCGCUCUGCUUCAGAGGGGACAGUGCAUGUUUGCAGAGAAGGCCAGACACAUCCAGAAGGCUGGCGCCAUCGGAGGCAUAGUCAUCGACGACAAUGAGGGCAGCAGCAGCGACACGGCUCCCCUCUUUCAAAUGGCCGGGGACGGCCGCAGCACGGACGACAUCACCUUGCCUCUCCUCUUCCUCUUCCACAAAGAGGGCAACAUCCUGUUGGAGGCGCUGAAGGAGUACAGGGAGGUGGAGGUGCUGCUGAGUGACAAAGCCCGAGACAGAGCAGCCAUAUUCAAAGGUAAACCUCUUCCUGGCAGCCUGAUUGAGGGCAGUGUGGACGUGCAAGAAGCAGAGGAAGGCUGCGUAACCGAAGCAGUGACUCCCACCUCCUUCGAACCCGUCAGCCAGUCGCAGAUGAGCACGGUGGAGCUAGACGAACCGGCUCCGGAGGAGGUCACUCCAUCCCAGGAGGAAGUCAGUCCUUUAAGUGAAGAGACUAGUCCGGCAGAGGAAGUUCCACCACCGGAAGAGGAAGUUAGUCCUGCAGAUCUGUCAGAGCCCAAAGAGGAGAGAGACUCUGAGAGAAAGACAGAGGAGCCCGAGGGCGACACAGACUCGAGCAGCCAGUCGGUGGACGAACUGCUGGCUGAUUGGCGGGAAGACUUGGAGGCGUUCCAGCAGAUGGAGAAGGAUGAGCUCUGACAGUCGUAGGGCGCUUCGUGCUCUGUGACUGUGGUUUGGUCAGGGAGGGGGACCUCGGAGGGGAACACAUCUUCACACGUCAUCAGUGUCAGUCUGAUGAAGUCAAAUGAAGCUGGGGAGAUGUCUUACCUCUCUUGCGCUCUGUGUAGGUGGUAUCAUGUGCCAAGGCGAGCCCUCAUACUGUAUCUCUGGACCAUAAGGGAGUCCUUUUUUUAGCCUGGUAGAUGAUGGAUAAGAGACCAGGGUUCUUACCUCACUUUCUCAUACAGUUUCUAUUAACGUGUCAAACCCUAAUGAAUGACAUGAAUCAGACUGUAUGUAACAGCGUCUGGCUUUCCACUCCACAUUACUUCUCACACUGUCGUUCUCUCUAUGCAUUUCUGACUUUGCUCAAAUGAAUGCCGGUCCAACAUCUACGAUCUGACUAAUUAAUCCAUCGACCAAUUAAUUUUAUUUAAAUGUGAUGAUUUUUUUUUUGUGAUGAUGCAUUUACUGUCGUCAUGUCCUUGGGCCUAAUCAUAUGUACACAUUGAUGUGAGUUAAAAUGGGGGGGUAUUGGUGAACAUUGAAUAAGCUGCAGGAUGUUUUUACGGCUUUAUGGUAGACGGACUGAACACCAUACUCUCUCUCUCUCUCUCUCUCUCUCUCUGGAGGAUACAAUGAAGUCAUCUGUCAAUGUAAAUAUGUAUUUGUUGAGAUGUAUUGACUGAAACUAUAUAGUGCUGCUUUGCUCAGGUUCUGGUACACCUCCCCCAUGAACAACAACCUCUUGGACCACAUAGGGUGGAGCAGACACACCCUCAGCAGCGCGGCGGGAUCGGUUACACACCUGUAAGCCGCCACAGGAGGGCGCUAUAUGAUCUGUCUGUCACGCUGUAUCUGCAGAUUGAUGGGAAGGAGCAGAAAUAAAAACCAAUAAAUUAACAUGAUGAAAUUAAAUAAAAAAUAAAGAGGGAAAUCGGGAAAG